GCGCAUAUCUUUAGCGGUUUUCUUGCGGACUGGAAGCAUGAUUUGAGAGAUUUUUUUCCCCCUUCUAACAACAAUUCUUUAUGCUGAGAGAGAGAGCGUAUGUGGUACGCAGCUGCAAAGACGCAUGCAGUGCGUGCUACGACUCAGUCCCUGUGCUGAGGUUUGAGGGAAAGACCCCGCUGACCAGCGCACAGGGUGGGGUUCACCAACAAGGCGCUCAGUCCCCGUGCGCCGACACGCCCCCGCGCUUGGCGCUGUCCGAUUCUCUGGUGCUGAACGCUGGAUACCAGAACGGCAAACUGCCUGCAGCGCACUGGAUCGUCUGCCUGCACGCAGACCCUUCAUGGAGCCAAGGCAGGGAUCUCCCUGGCUGCAGAGACUUAAAGUUCAGGGGGCUGACCUGCACGGAUCGCACCGUGGAUAACUAUGAAGGAAAUGUUUCUCAAGUGUUUUCCUUUUGUUUUUUGAGGAUUUUCUCGUCAGGUCCCCUUCCCCGCCCCCCCAGGGUUUGGAGGUGCAUAACUUGCCACCAACAUGAUUUGGGGUGUUUUGCUGUGUUGCCUUCUAAUGCCGGCAGCUGGAUAUAAAACACAGGCUCGAUUGCCUUUCUUUCACGGACAUAUUUUUGAGAACUCGCCAGCGGCGUCUAAAGUGAACGGACUCAGCGUUACGGUGAAGCGCAUCGACGCGCAAAAAUGGUGCCCAGUCUCCGGAAUGCACUUUAAAUUGUUUGGAAAUGGCAGUGAGGAUUUCCACGUCUUCGCCCACCACAAGCGGGGAAAUGUGCUGCUGAAAACUUCCCGGGUUUUAGACAGAGAGUCACGCUCAGAAUACCUGCUGAGCGUCGGGUUGUGUUGCCAGACGUGCGCGUCGGAAUCUGUCGUCUUCGAGGUUGCGUUGGUGAAAGUGGACGUGUUGGACACCAACGACCACGAACCGACUUUAGUGAGCGCAGACAGCGUUCAUAUAAGUUUAGAUGACACCACCGCGCUCCGUACUGUUGUUUACAGACUGGAAGCUGUCGAUGAGGACAGCGGAAAGAACGCAGAGUUGACGUUCGCCUCCGAACCAAAAAAUGGCACUUUCUAUGUUGUCCCGAAAACGGGGGAAGUUUUGCUCGUCGACUCUAUCCUGGGUCUCUUUUCUCCCAUUAAAUUUUAUCUGUACGUGCGAGAUCACGGCUGGCCUCCUUUGACCAGCAAAGCUGUGUUAGUUACUGUUUCACCACAGCGAUGGAUGACGCGUACCGCUGAUUUACGCGGACCAGAGAGGGCAGGACGGUCGCCGAGGGCGCUCCUCGAGUCCAGCACCGUGCUCUCCCUCAACGUGUCUGAGGACGCCGGCGUCGGCUCAGUCCUAAUGAGCCUAAAUCCCACCAGGUUUCAGUCAGCUGCCUACGAGCUCAUUUACCCGGAGUCAGAAAGCUCUCCGGUCACCGUGGGCCGCGACAGUGGAGAUAUAACAGUAACCCGGAGGCUGGAUAGGGAGACGGAGCCUUUCCUGGAGCUCACUGUUAAGAUUCAAGACAAACGAGGCCCAGACUGGUACCUGAACAAGGUGAAGCUGACGAUCACUGAUGUCAACGACAACGUCCCUGAGUGGAAUAUGAAGCCAUACCCAUACCUGGCUGUUGUGUCUUCCGAGGCAGUGGCAGGAACAUUUGUCUACCAGCUACAGGCAAUUGACGGGGAUGAGGGCAAAAGUGGAGAAGUGGAAUACUUCUUGUCAGAUGGUGGGGAUGGCUGCUUUGCUGUGGACAAGAAGACAGGCCAGGUGGUUACUACGGGGCUCGUACUACAGAGGGAGAGAGAGUACCUCUUAAGCGUGGUGGCCCUUGAUGGGCUGGGAAGCCACAGUGCACCUGCCAUGUUAUCUGUAGUAGCAGGGGCCAGAGCACCGCAGUUUACCAAGACCAGCUACGCCAUUUCCAUACCAGAGAACACCCCGGAAGGACAGCCCUUCCUUGUGGUGUUAGCCAUUUCCUUCCAGAAGGAACAAAUCAGCUACAGCCUGCUUAUCAAUCCCAGCAGCCUUUUCAGCAUUCAGCAGGACACCGGAGAGAUCAGCCUGACCAGGACGCUGGAUUAUGAAAGUGACCAGAGACGCUACCUUCUGAUGGUGCGAGCCAGCGAGGAGCCUGGCAGCCUGAGUGCUGCAACAGAGGUUCAGGUGUUGAUAACGGAUGAGAACGAUUGUGUCCCAGAGUUCCUCCAGUCCAUCUACAGUGUAGAUGGAGUCCCUGAGACUGUAACCACAGCAACAUCCCUACUGCAGGUUUUAGCCACAGACUGUGACUCAAGAUUAAAUGCAGAGCUCACCUAUUACACCCUGAGCCCGGAUUUCAGCAUUUCACCCCAUGGGACUGUUUUCCCUGCGAGGCGGCUUGAUUAUGAGAGGCCUAAUCAUUUGUAUGAGUUUGUGGUGAUGGCAGUGGACAGCGGGGAUGAACCUCAUUCUGGCACCGCCACGGUCCGUGUGAGGAUGGCUAAUGUCAACGAUGAGGCUCCUGAAUUCUCUCAGCCUGUAUAUCGAACAUUUGUUUCCGAGGACGCUGGUCCCAACACUCUUGUUGCCACAGUCUUGGCCAAAGACCCAGAUGGUGACAGUAUAACCUACUCCAUAACCGCAGGGAACGAAGAGGGCAACUUUGUCAUUGACAGCCAGAAAGGAUUGAUCCGUCUGCGCUCCACUCCCCUGCCAAAGCUUCAAGGCUUGGAGUACGUCCUGAACGUAACAGCCACAGAUGACAAUGCAUCAGGCGGGCCACACUCUCUCAGCUCUACCGCCCGGGUCGUUGUUGGAGUUGAUGAUGUUAACAACAACAAGCCAAUAUUUGAGCAGUGCCAGCAGUACCGUGAGCAAGCUUCAGUGCUGGAGAACCAGCCAGCAGGGACUUUUGUGUUGCAAGUGCAUGCAGUGGAUGCAGAUGAGGGAGCAAAUGGAAAAGUGAAAUAUGGCUUAAUGCACAGAGACAGCGCCAUGCCUGCCUUCAGAAUUCACCCAGAGACAGGAGUGAUUGUGACAGCCCGGCGCUUCGACAGGGAGCGGCAGAGAGAGUAUUCAAUUACAGUAACGGCCACUGAUUGGGCCGAGGAGCCGCUCAUUGGCAUCUGUCAGCUUGCCAUCCAGAUACUGGACCAGAAUGAUAACAGCCCCAAGUUUGAGAAUUUGCGCUAUGAGUAUUUUCUAAGAGAAGACACACUGGUCGGUACAAGUUUCCUCCGUGUGGCAGCUCAUGACGAUGACUUUGGCACUAACGCAGCCAUCACUUACUCCAUGUCAGUGGAGCAGCCUGAGUACCUGCGGGUCAACCCUGUGAAUGGAUGGGUCUACGUCAACCAGCCCAUAUCUCAGAGAACCUAUAUAACACGGGACAUUAUAGCAACAGAUGGAGGAAAUCGUAACACUUCCGUGGAGCUGGCAGUGACCAUUACUAAUGUGAGGAAUCAGCCUCCUCAGUGGGAAAAAGACAGCUACAAUGUUGUCAUACCUGAGAACACUGCUAGGGAUACACCUAUAGUGACAAUCAAGGCAACCUCUCAGCUGGGUGACCCAAGAGUGACCUACAACCUUGAGGAUGGGAUGGUACCUGAAACCAACAUGCCAGUCCGUUUCUAUCUCUCCCCGAACCGGGAAGAUGGCUCUGCAUCCAUUCUGGUGUCAGAGCCGCUGGACUAUGAGAUCACUCCGUUUUUUUCUUUGCGGGUUCGGGCUCAGAAUGUGGCUGCAGUCCCUCUAGCAGCUUUCACAAGAGUAUACGUCAACAUUACAGAUGUCAACGACAAUGUGCCAUUUUUUACAUCCUCUAUUUAUGAGGCCUCGGUAACAGAAGGAGCCCAGAUUGGCACAUCAGUUCUCCAUGUGUCUGCCCAUGACAAAGACCUGGGUCUUAACGGAGAGAUCACUUACUCUUUGCUCAGCGACAGCAGUGGUGACCACAACUUCUUCCGCAUCGACCCCCAAAAUGGAAUCAUCUACACAGAAACUGUGUUUGACCGGGAGGCCCGCAGCUCCUACCUGCUAGAGGUUCAGUCAGAAGAUGGCCAAGAAUCAGCACGACCUGGCAAAAACAAACAGCCAAACACAGACACAGCAUAUGUGAGGGUUUUCAUCAGCGAUGUCAACGACAACAAGCCCGUCUUUGCUCAGCGACUGUAUGAAGUCGCUGUCGAUGAGAAUGCAGAUGUUGGUCUGACUGUUGUCACCGUCAGCGCCACUGAUGAGGAUGAAGGAGCCAACGCCAAGCUCCGCUACCAAAUAACAUCUGGCAACAAAGGCGGUGCUUUUGACAUCGAGCCGGAGGUCGGGACAAUCUUCAUUGCACAGUCGUUGGACUAUGAAAAGCAAAAGCGAUACAAGCUGUUGGUCCUCGCCUCUGAUGGGAAGUGGGAAGAUUAUGCUGCUGUUGUAGUCACCAUAGUCAAUAAAAACGAUGAAGCACCUGUCUUUUCUAUGAAUGAGUACUAUGGAUCUGUCACCGAAGAGCUUGAUGGGUCUCCUGUUUUUGUGUUACAGGUUACAGCCACUGACCCAGACAAAGACGCAAACCAGGGAGCCAUCCGGUACUCCAUUCAUGGCCAAGGUGCUGAGUCGCAUUUCGUGAUUAACGACAUCACAGGGGAGAUGUACGCCCAGCGAACCAUGGACCGAGAGGAGCGGGCUGUAUGGCGCUUUGUUGUCAUGGCAACGGACGAAGAAGGCGAGGGGCUUACAGGCUUUACAGAUGUUAUUAUCAACGUGUGGGACAUCAAUGACAAUGCCCCAACCUUUGUGUGCGCACCUGAUAAUUGCCAUAGCAGUGUGGCUGAAAACUCUCCUCCUGGAACGUUUGUUGUUGAAAUGACAGCUGUGGAUCUGGAUGAUGCAGCCGUGGGUCAAAACGCCAUCCUCACCUACCGGAUUACAGAUAAUGCACAGAAUUCGGACAGUGUGAACCUGUUCACCAUUGAUUCCAGCACUGGCACCAUAUCCGUGGCAGCAGAAGGCCUGGACAGAGAGCUUGCUGAUAGCCACCAUUUGGUUGUGGAGGCCAGGGAUGGCGGCGGAAUGACAGGCACGGCCACAGUCACUGUGGUGGUGACAGACGUUAAUGAUCAUGUGCCAAAAUUUAGUGAGGACUGGUGUGGUGCUCGUGUUCCUGAGAGCACACUUGAGGACUCGUCCCUCCUGGAGCUGAGUGCUGUGGACCCUGAUGAUGGUAGAUAUGGCCAGUUGGCAUUCAGUGUGGUUGCCGGAGAUGCAGAGCAGCGAUUCUAUAUUGUCAGUCACAAACUGGAGCAGAAAAGCACUCUAAGGCUAAAGAAGAAGCUGGACUUUGAGCAUCCAGAUGAACAAAGGUUUAACCUUACCAUCAAAGUGGAGGACUCCAAUUUUGCCAGUUUUAUCCACUGUAUCAUCCUAGUAGAAGAUGAAAAUGAUAAUGCACCUGUGUUUAGCCCGAGUUAUUACCUGCUCUCUCCUGUACCUGAGGAUGUACCAGUAGGUACCAGUAUAAUUCAAGUCGUAGCCACUGACUCUGACUCCGGUCUGAACGGGGAUAUUUUUUACAGCAUUCACCCCCAUUCAGACCCAUAUGGACACUUUACAGUCAACCGAGGUGGUGUUGUCACUGUCACCAAGUCUCUGGAUAGGGAGACGGUGGCAGGUUAUGAGCUGGUUGUCAUAGCGACAGACCGUGGUACACCAACGCUGACUGGCAGUGUUACGGUCCACUUGCCGUUGCUCGACAUGAAUGAUAACGGACCAGAGCUGGAGAUGCUCUACUCCCCCGUGCUGUGGGAGAAUGGGCCCGCACCUCAAGUGGUCUAUCUUAACGGGAGCUCAACCCUCCUUCAUGUUAUGGACAAAGACACCCCAGAACACGGGCCACCUUUCCUCAUCUCUCUGCCUUCGGUUUACUCUUCUGAUUUCCACCUGCAGGACCAUGGGAAUGGCUCUGCCACACUCACCACCCUGCGGAGAUUCGACAGGGAAAGGCAGAGCGAAUACCACUUACCGGUCGUAAUGAUUGACAGUGGACUUCCACCGAUAACGGCCACAAGCACUCUCACUAUCACUAUUGGUGAUCAUAAUGAUAACGCCCAUCAGCCAGGGGAGAAAGAUGUCUAUGUGCAUAGCCGCAAGGGAAGGAUGGGAAAUGCUGCUCUAGGGAAGGUGUAUGCCCCAGAUCAAGAUGACUGGGACAACAAGACCUACAGUCUGGAGACAAGUGCAGCUAAAUACUUCAGUGUGAAUCAGAGCUCGGGGAUGCUGACUGUCCGGCAAAACACUCCACCAGGCAGCUAUUGGUUAAGAGUUGGGGUUUCUGAUGGGGUGUGGCCUGACGUGAUAUCAGGAGUCAGGGUUCACAUCAGGGAGCUGGAGGAAAAGGCCAUUCUGUCGUCCGCCUCACUGCGUUUGACAGGCAUUACAGCGAGAGAAUUUAUCGACUCGAACGUCGAGGGGAAAAGUCGGCUGGAGGCGUUCUGGGACUUCCUGUCUGAAACCCUGUCUGUCAGACCGGGAACUAUCAACAUUUUCAGUGUAGCAGACAGAGAGGCGAGAACAGUGGACAUCCAUUUCUAUGUGCUAACCGAUAAUGGCUACUUGCGCCCAGAGAAACUGCACAGUGUCCUGGCUGCACAUAAAAAGAAGCUGCAGUCACUCCUGCGUGUGAAUGUAAGCCAGGUGCAGGUAGAUGAGUGUGUGCGCACUGACUGUAAGACAUCCGGCGGCUGCUACACACAGUUAAGCGUCAGUGACUCACCCACCUUGAUAGACUUCGGUGCUUUAUCCCUGGCCUCAGUGAAAGUGACAUCUUCGGCCGUGUGUGGCUGCGCCGCAAGAGAAAUGACCCACCGGACGUGCUCCUACUACCCCACUAACCCCUGCCUCAAUGGAGGGACAUGCGUUGACACACAAAAUGGGUACAGGUGCCACUGCCCCCCACAGCUCGAAGGGCCAGACUGUCAGCAGACAAGACUUAGUUUCCUUGGUAACGGCUAUGCCUGGUUUCCUCCCAUAAGGCCAUGCUUUGAUAGCCAUCUUUCACUCGAGUUUAUGACGGAGGAAGAUGACGGACUGCUGUUGUAUUCAGGCCCGUUGGCCACCCUUUUACCUGGGGAUAAUGAAGACUACAUUGCCAUAGAGCUGAUUGGUGGGACUCCUAGCCUUAAAAUCAACCAUGGUUCUGGAACCCUAGUUCUUCAGUUGACAAAUGUUGGAGUGAGUGACAGACGUUGGCACCGCCUUGAUGUGAGGAGCAACAGCAAAGAAGUGCGCUUUACUCUGGAUCGAUGCUCCAGUGCGAUUGUCAUGGAAGCAGAGGGGGUGGAUUCUUGGGCGAUGACAGAGGAUCGCUCUUCCUGUGAAAUACGAGGGGUCACGCCCAACAGGGAUAAGUACCUGAAUGUAAGUCAUGUUCUGCAGCUUGGAGGAAUCAAUGAGAACAUAUCAUAUGAAUACCCACAACUGCAACACAAACACUAUACCGGAUGUUUAAGGGACUUGAUUGUGGACAGCAAGCUGUAUGACCUUGGUUCUCCUGCGGAAUCCUCCAACAUUUUCCCUGGCUGCGGUCUCAUUGAUAACCAUUGCACCGACUUGGAGCAGCUUCCCUCCUGUGGCAAGCGGGGCAGCUGUCACGGGGAGUGGGACUCUUUCAGCUGCCUGUGUGAAAAAGGGUUUACAGGCCCGCAUUGUGAUCAAGUGACUCCAGAGUUUUCCUUUGACGGCCGGAGCCACGUUCAGCUGCAGCUCUUGUGGUCUCUCCCUGCAAGGCGGACCAGAGUCCAGGUUGGGGUCCGUACUCGCGCUUUAACAGGGGUCAUCCUCAGCUUGCUGUCCCAGGAGCAAAGUGAAUACCUGCGUUUAGAGGUGACUCAAGGCCUGCUGGCUGUUUUCUACAACCUGGGAGACGGAGAUUACAAUAUCUCACUGCCGUACCACCGCCUGGAUGAUGGGGAAUGGCAUGAGGUGGAGUUGGAUCGGUUUGGCAGAGAGUUCACCCUGAGGCUGGAUAGGGGUGGGGGUCGACUUGAAAUCACCGCCUCACCCGGCCAAAGUCAGGAGAUCAUUAUUGACCCCUCUGUGGUGAUGCUUGGGAACUCUUUCCCAUCGGGACACAACCGCAGCUUCUUUGGCUGUUUGCGUGAUGUGAGGUUUAAUGGUCGCUCCGUUCCCCUGGAACAGGACCAGCAUUCAGAAGGACUUCAGGUGUUGGUCGCUUCACAGGGCGUCUCUGUCGGCUGCUUCUCAGAUGCCUGCAGAAAGCACCACUGCUCCCCUCCCUUGGUCUGCUUGGACCUCUGGAGACAGCAUGAUUGCAGGUGCCCUCCGGGACACAUGACCAGAGAGACCUCCUCGGGCAGAGUGUGCAUCUACACGCUCUGCGCCAGCCGGCCGUGUCGACACGGAACAUGCGUGGCCCACUCGCCGUCCCGCUACUCAUGCCACUGCAGCGAGGGCUACCGAGGGCGGCACUGUGAGGUGGCGCUCGCCGUGUACCACAGCGAGGACAGCAGCAGCCUCAGCCUCAGCUCCAUGUUUGCCAUCAGCAUCUGUGUCAUGGCCUUUCUAGUGUUGAUGCUGGGGCUGUUUCUUUACUCUUGCUGGAGGAGACACAAGGGCCUGAAGGAGGGUGUUUACCAUGUGUCUGCACACCACGGCGAGUGGGAGGAUAUCCGAGAAAAUGUGCUCAACUACGACGAGGAAGGUGGUGGCGAACAGGACCAGAAUGCCUUUAACAUGGUGGAGCUGCAGCGCUCCCUCCAGCCCAGCCCCGCACAAUCCCUCCGCUACAGCUAUCCACAAAACACCAGCUCCUACCCACAGACUAAGCUUUCUCAAGACAACAACAAGAAGGGGAUGUCAAAUGGAAAUGGCAAUGCUGCUAUUGCCCUGCGUCUGGCCAUCCCCCCCUCAGAGGCAGAAACCUUGUCGUCCCCUCUGACCUUCCGCCGCUCUCAGAGAGCCUUCUCCUUCUCCAGCCAAGAUUUGGCUCGCUACCUGUGUGAGGUCAUCAGAGACAUGGAGCACACAGAGGACCCCGGCACCAUGACCACGCCGCGCCGUCCCUCUGGAAAGGAGCACAACCUGUCCUCAGUGCGCUCCCUCAGCUCCCUCAGUGCAUCUCAGGGUUCGGAAGUGAAGCUUCAUGCCGCCCAGAUAACCCGGAUGGACACAUUUAGAACCCUUCGAGCCGUGAUGUGUGACCUAAGAGGAGACUCCAAGACUGUGGACAGUCAGAAGGACAAACUUAAGGAGAGCAGAGGGCAGCUGAAGUGUGAGAAGAAUGGGUGAGGCUGCGCUCUGAGAAACAGAACUGGAGGUUACCCAGAAAAAAACCCUCAACAUUAAUCAGAAAUCAAUAGCGGAAAUCCAAAGGGAGGUCAUUAAAUGUGAAAUACUUUAAGAUUGGAAAGACUGCGCUGAGUCUGUGUGAAUUCUCUUAUAAAUCUACUGUAUUGAAGAAACUUUGAAGAUUUAUGUUCUUUGAUAUAAAAGAUGUUUACCAAUGAAUGAUCAGAUGUGAUGUAUUGUUUAUUUGGAAUUGCACUGUACAGUAUUUAAUUCACGGACAGCACUUUUUGGAGGUGCCCUUUGUCAAAGCAACCCAUGUCAUAAAGCUCAUAGAAGAAAUGUUUGCAAGCAGCGGGCCAAAUGAGUUUUCUCUGAGAAAACUGGAUUCUUUGCGCUACUAAUGACUCAUGAAAUCAUUUAUGUGACAAAAUGAAAAUUGUUUCAUUUGUAUUAUCUAUUUCCUUUUAAAUAAAUGAGUAUGUUUGAUAAUAUUUCAAACUCGGUCUUGUUCAAACAGGCGUUCACAUUCGUCAUGCUCAAAUAUUCAGCUUUUUUUUCUUUUUUCUUUGUUUUGAAGUUCAAGCAAACCUUCAUCUUCAAGCAUGAAUCAGCUAAAUGAGAUUUACAUUGGACGUCUUAUAACUUUCAUGUUAUUAAAAUAACACCUUUAAUGUGUUUGCAAUGUUCAUACGAUGAUAACAUUCAUAACAAACUCGAGCAGCUGUUCUUGUCAUAUUAGGCUAACUGCUACCAGCAAGAAGAGCCACUGAUAAGAGCAAGGUCAAUUUUGGGAUUAAUUAUUCAUGUUGAGAGCCUGUAGCCAUCUGACCUAAGUGGCUGAGACUCUUCAAUAUAAACUCAAAACGUCAGGGUCCCAGCAGGCAACCCUACAUCAUACUUAAUUGGGCAACAUUACUGGAAUUAAGCAAGUGUGACACUGGAGCGAGUCUCUGGAGAAGCACACUGAGCUGCUGCCUGCAGCUGAUAGAACUGACGUGUCCUUUCCAUAUGUCUGCACACCUACAUAAUGCAUCACGCUAAGACAUAUAAGAGACCAAAAAGAGGAUUUUAACACCCUGUAGGUCUUCAAAGAGCCUCGUGUUUUAUCCAUUUGUAUUCAUGAGUCUUGGUGUACUACCCACAUGAGAUAAACCCUCUCGAAGUGAAUAAAAGAUCCUCACCACCUUAA